AUGGAAAGAACCUUUGUCAUCGUAAAGCCAGAUGGAGUAAAGAAAAGAUUGGUUGGUGAGAUUAUCUCAAGGUUUGAGAAGAAGGGGCUAUACCUUGUACAGGCGAAGGUCCUUAUCCCCACGGAGGAUAUUCUUAGAGAACAUUAUGCAGCACUCAAACAUAAAGUUGAGAUCUUCAACGAACUGAUCGAGUACAUGCAGACAGGACAGGUUGUUGCCAUGGUCUGGGAAGGUGACAAUGCAGUAAAAAUAGUUAGAGACCUGAUUGGUGUCACCAACCCACUGCAGGCUGCUAUAGGAACCAUACGUGGAGAUUAUGGACUGUACAUUGGCAAGAACGUCAUACACGGUACUGAUGAGGUUGAAAACGUCGAAAGAGAAGUUGAACUUUGGUUUGGGAAGGACGUUCCAGCAAUAAUCCAUUUUGAUAGAGACUUAUAUUAUAAAAAUAAAUAA